AUGAAGGUUGAAAUAGAAACAGCUUUUAUUUACAAAUCGCUCUGCCAGGUUGAUGCCGAUGUGAUUGAUCGAUUAAACAGUCGAUAUACCACAUUCGCAUUGAUCGGUUGCUUCCUGAUUAUAGCGGCAAAAAUUUAUGUAGGAAAUCCAAUCAAUUGUUGGACACCAACGCAAUUCCAGAGUAUCCAUUCUACCUACGUCAAUAGUAUUUGUUGGCUCAAGGGAACUUACUAUUUGCCAACUGAGGAAAUUAAAAUUCCCGAUAGAUCCGUACCACGAAUGUAUCUCGUAUCUUAUUACCAAUGGACAACACUAGCUCUUGUGCUGAUGGCUCUUCUAUUCAUAUUGCCAGGUCAAACAUGGCAAACCUUUUCCUAUCAAAGCGGUGUAAAUCUGAAAAAUUUAAUCAAAAUGAUCAAAGAAAAUCGUCAUGACAAAGAGAAACUCGACCACGUUAUCCGGUUGGUCAAAGCACAAUUGGAUAUAACCAGCAAUAUGCGUCGACGCACUCUUACUCGUCGGAAAUUCUGGGUUCGAAAUACUGCUAGUCGGCUAACACCGUUAUUAUUCAUGAUCAAGUUUUUUUAUGUGAUGAAUACAUGUGGUCAAUUACUAUUCUUAAUCAGUUUUCUCUCCUUACGAUACACUGAUAUUGUUGGUAAUAUUAUUGACCGACUAUUCCGAGAUCGAACGCAUGCCUACGAGUCCGUCCGAUUUCCUCGUGUUGUGAUGUGUGAUUUUAUGAUUCGCGAAUUAGGCUCCAAUCAGCAUUGGUAUGCUGUUCAAUGUAAUUUGCCAAUUAAUAUCUUUAAUGAAGUGAUCUUCUCCGGUCUCACGGUGUGGUUGAUGAUUCUGAGCAUUGCGAAUGUGCUGUCCAUUCUUUUAUGGGUGGUUUUAUUGAUGAAGAAGAAUCGGAAAAGAUUCAUUACCCAAUACUUGCAAAUCUAUGAAAAUUUGGAAACAAAAAUAACGCUCGAAAAGAAGAAGCCAACAGAAAAUCGUUUUAUUGAUUAUGUAGGUUUAGAUGGUUUUGUCAUUCUGCGCAUCAUUGGACAGAAUAUCGAUGAACUUUGCAUGAUUCAAACUAUGGGUUAUCUCUGCACACAUUAUGAAGGAGAUCUUGGUGAUGAUGAUGAUGAUGAUGAUCAGGCUAAAACUCAUAUAGUGUAGACUUACGAGGGAACAUCCCCAACUGUCCCCCUCCGAUUUCAAUGAAACUUU